UGGGCACACCCAUCACAUCGAUCGCAAUAAAGGAGGUCCGUCGACAAGUAGAAGACACAUUCAUGAAAAAUCGUCCGGAUGGACCAGUAAAUAAAGCUCAGCCCUGCAUUUCUGAAAGUGUUUCAGAAGUGACAAGGACUGGCCUACAACAGAUACAUACAACACAUGGAACACGCACGCAGACAUACACAGGCAUCCAUAGCAGAUAGAUCAGCAAAGCCGUUCAACAAGACUCAUCAUUAUAAUCUCCCAGUCAAGAACCACUCCUGGUCAUCAGCACUGUAUUCGAGAUCCUCAACACUCUUUUUGAGCUGCUGCAUGGCCUCAUUGAUGCGUUUGAUCUUCGCUUCACACUCCCGCUGCUUGGCGCGCAAGUCGGCGUGAAUGGUCUUGGCGUGAAGGGCGCCAAGGGCAUCCUGCAGCCCGGCGUAGUUCUCCUCGAACUGCCGCAGCACCUCCAUCGAAGGGCCGGUACCGGCAAACAUGCGGUAUUUGUCGGCAAUCGGGGCCAUCUGGUCGUUGAGCCGCUCCACAUCGUCGAGCCAAGUUGUGCGGCUUAUGUCGAUGUCCAGCUUGUCGUUGGCCGAGUCGAAGAUGGGCUUAAUGUCGUGAAGCCGCACCGUCGCACGAUGCUCUCGAAUGAUGUUGCGGAUGGGCCUCUUGGUGUCCUUCCAUGUCGGCUCCCAGCGGAGCGUGCGUUGGUUCAGCUGCAACUCCAUCUCCCUCCCGACCACGACCUUCUCGUUUUCCCUCAUUCGUGCGUUCAGUCCGUCGAUGAUGUCCUCAUUGGUCGUCUUGAUGGUGUGGAUGUUGCGCAGCAAAUCCUCGUAGGAGCGGUUGUCGUCUGCAGCGGGCAACGCCAUGUCCACGCAAUCUGAUCCACACGCAAAGACAGAGCGGCGGGGUUACCGUGAAGGCGACUUUGUAUGCUUCGUUCCUCGUCAGACCACCUGUUUGUGCUAUCCAGGCAGAACUCUCGAAGAUCUACACCGCGAUCCUUAAAGGAGCGAUGUGAGUGACCUUGCCACGACGAUAUGGGGGCUGUGGUAUGAAAGAAGGUCUCACCGCGAGCUUGAGAGUUCUGCGAGCUUUGCCUGAUUUCGGCAACAACCUCCGAGCACCUCUCGACAUGAGAAUCUCUCUCUACAAUUAAUUUCAUCUGAUCCCACCUUUUCUCCGGCAUUCGUCUGCGAGACGGUCUUCAGCAGCUGGCGUGAUGAGCAGCGGCAGCAGCGGUGAUGCCCCGGCUCCGUCGGACGAGAGCAGUCCCGCCACAU